CGAGGGGCGGCGGCGGCCGAGCGAGGCUCCCUUUGUUCAGCCAUUUCGGGGGCCGGAGCGGCGCCGCGCGGAGCUGUGGAGGGAGAGGUCGGGCCGCUCCCUCGCCACUCCCCUGCCGCCGGGCUCUGGGAUGGUGUGGGCUCCUGGCAGUGUGGGACGCACCGGGGAAAGGCGGACGGCGGCGCCGGCGGCCCCGAGGCGGCCCGGGCGGGCGGAGCCGUGCCCGGCGCUAGGACCCAGCAGGAGGCGAGGCGGCUCUUCGGGCCGGAUCACAAAUUCGUCGUGACUCAGUCUCUGCUCGGCGCGGAAGCAGCGGGAGCAGGUCGGUGUCCUGCGUCUCUCCAGCGGCUGCUAGGACAGCCAAGAUGGAGUACGAGUGGAAGCCCGACGAGCAGGGGCUCCAGCAGAUCCUGCAGCUGCUCAAGGAGUCCCAGUCCCCGGACACGACCACGCAGAGAGCCGUGCAACAACUUCAGAAACUAGAACAACUUAAUCAGUAUCCAGAUUUCAACAACUACCUGAUUUUUGUUCUUACAAAGUUGAAGUCUGAAGAUGAGCCAACACGUUCCUUGAGUGGUCUUAUCUUGAAGAAUAAUGUAAAAGCACAUUUUCACAACUUUCCAAAUGGGGUAACUGACUUCAUUAAAAGUGAAUGUUUGAACAACAUUGGUGAUUCCUCCCCCUUAAUUAGAGCUACUGUAGGCAUUCUGAUAACAACCAUUGCCUCAAAAGGGGAGUUACAGAAUUGGCCUGAACUCUUGCCAAAGCUUUGCAGCCUGUUGGAUUCUGAAGAUUACAAUACCUGUGAGGGCGCUUUUGGUGCUCUUCAGAAGAUAUGUGAAGAUUCUGCUGAAAUUUUAGAUAGUGAUGUGUUGGACCGGCCACUCAAUAUCAUGAUACCUAAGUUCUUGCAGUUCUUCAAGCACAGCAGCCCAAAAAUACGGUCUCAUGCAGUGGCAUGUGUCAAUCAAUUUAUCAUCAGCAGAACUCAAGCUCUUAUGUUGCACAUAGAUUCUUUUAUUGAGAAUCUUUUUGCACUGGCUGGUGAUGAGGAGCCUGAAGUACGCAAAAAUGUUUGCCGUGCUCUUGUAAUGUUGCUGGAAGUUCGAAUGGAUCGCCUCCUUCCUCAUAUGAUUAGUAUAGUUGAGUACAUGCUUCAGAGGACGCAGGAUCAAGAUGAAAAUGUGGCUCUGGAGGCAUGUGAAUUUUGGCUGACUUUGGCUGAACAGCCAAUUUGUAAAGAGGUAUUAUGUCGGCAUCUUACUAAGCUGAUACCUGUGCUGGUAAAUGGUAUGAAAUAUUCAGAGAUUGAUAUUAUUCUGUUGAAGGGGGAUGUUGAAGAAGAUGAAGCUAUUCCAGAUAGUGAGCAGGAUAUAAGGCCUCGUUUCCAUCGUUCGAAGACGGUGGCUCAGCAACAUGAAGAAGAUGGUAUUGAAGAUGAUGACAAUGAUGAUGAUGAACUUGAUGAUGAUGAUACUAUUUCUGACUGGAAUUUAAGGAAAUGUUCUGCUGCUGCUCUAGAUGUCCUAGCUAAUGUAUUUCGUGAUGAACUUCUACCACACAUCUUGCCACUGUUAAAGGAAUUGCUCUUCCACCCCGAGUGGGUAGUUAAAGAAUCCGGUAUCCUUGUUCUUGGUGCAAUUGCUGAAGGCUGCAUGCAGGGUAUGAUUCCAUAUCUUCCAGAGCUAAUCCCUCACCUUAUUCAGUGCCUCUCUGACAAAAAGGCUCUUGUGCGCUCCAUUACAUGCUGGACUCUUAGUCGCUAUGCACACUGGGUAGUUAGUCAACCCCCAGACACAUACUUGAAGCCAUUAAUGACUGAGUUGCUAAAGCGUAUCUUGGAUAGCAACAAGAGAGUACAAGAAGCUGCCUGCAGUGCCUUUGCUACUCUAGAAGAGGAGGCUUGUACAGAGCUUGUUCCUUAUCUUGCAUAUAUACUUGACACUUUGGUGUUCGCAUUUAGUAAAUACCAGCAUAAAAACCUACUCAUUCUUUAUGAUGCUAUAGGAACUCUAGCAGAUUCUGUAGGACAUCAUCUAAAUAAACCAGAAUAUAUUCAGAUGCUAAUGCCUCCAUUAAUCCAGAAGUGGAACAUGCUGAAGGAUGAAGAUAAAGAUCUUUUCCCUUUAUUAGAGUGCCUGUCGUCAGUUGCUACUGCCUUGCAAUCUGGCUUUCUUCCAUACUGUGAACCUGUGUACCAGCGCUGUGUAAAUCUGGUGCAGAAGACACUUGCACAAGCCAUGUUGCAUAAUGCUCAGCCAGACCAAUAUGAGGCUCCAGAUAAAGAUUUCAUGAUUGUGGCUCUUGAUUUACUCAGUGGUUUAGCUGAAGGACUUGGAGGCAACAUUGAACAGCUAGUGGCUCGCAGCAAUAUCCUGACGUUAAUGUAUCAAUGCAUGCAGGACAAAAUGCCUGAGGUACGGCAGAGUUCUUUUGCAUUGUUAGGUGACCUGACAAAGGCAUGUUUUCAGCAUGUUAAACCUUGCAUUGCUGAUUUCAUGCCAAUUUUGGGAACCAACCUAAACCCUGAAUUCAUUUCUGUGUGUAACAAUGCCACCUGGGCAAUUGGAGAGAUCUCUAUCCAGAUGGGUAUAGAAAUGCAGCCUUAUAUUCCAAUGGUCUUGCACCAGCUUGUAGAAAUAAUUAACAGACCCAACACACCAAAGACAUUGUUAGAGAACACAGCAAUAACAAUUGGUCGUCUUGGUUACGUUUGUCCUCAAGAGGUGGCCCCCAUGCUACAGCAGUUUAUAAGACCCUGGUGCACCUCUCUGCGAAACAUAAGAGACAAUGAAGAAAAGGAUUCAGCAUUCCGUGGGAUAUGUACCAUGAUUACGGUCAACCCCAGUGGAGUAGUCCAAGACUUUAUUUUUUUUUGUGAUGCUGUUGCAUCAUGGAUUAGCCCAAAAGAUGAUCUUCGAGACAUGUUCUGUAAGAUUCUUCAUGGAUUUAAAAAUCAAGUUGGGGAUGAGAAUUGGAGGCGUUUCUCUGACCAGUUUCCUCUUCCCUUAAAAGAGCGCCUUGCAGCUUACUAUGGAGUUUAACCUCAUGCACUGUAGCUGCAGUCCCAUAAUUAGAGGUCCUUCAGUCUGGGAGACUAUGAGGGAGCCUCUGCACCCAGGGAAAAUGUUACCCUUUACUGGGGGGAAGGGUAAACCAGUAGGGAAUACAGUACAAUCCCAACCCUACUGGGAGGGGCGGGAGGGAGGUGUUGCCGUCACUGUAUUAAGUCGAUGUUGGGAAAUGUUUUAACAUCUGGAGCCUUUGUGGGUGGAAAUCUGUCUCCUAUUACACCUCUGCACUGGAUGUGAAGAAGAAAAAAAAAAAGAAUCUAGUCACAAAACAGCACAUUCUGGAAUAUUAUGGGGAUUUGUACCAAAAUAAGAAACCAUAUAAUUGAACCAUAGGGAUACGUAAAGAGGAAAAAUAUUUUGCGCACAAUAAAGGAAACCUAAGAAUGGGGGUCACAAACAGUAAAAGGCUUUCUUUUUUGUUUUCUGUUUUUUUAAGUAAGGGUUUUCUACAUUAUUUCAUCCUGCUUGGGGAUUCCUAGAUAUUUGCAUGUUAAUGAAGAACUACACAAACGAAGUUAGUACAGUUAAAAUGCAGCUUGUGUCUGUAUUAGGAACAGGCACUUGCAGUGUACAGUAUAGAAACCCCGUCAUAAAAUAAAAAAGGUUAACUUGGACAAAAUGAAGCAACCUGCUAGCUGCCAAAUAAGUCACUCCUUUCAUUUUUGGGGUAAGGAGAGGUACACUGCAAAGGAAAGAUUGACAUCUUAAUUUUUACGUUAAGAGAAACAACCAAGGUAGUGGAUAUGAUUUUAUUAUUGUACUUUGUUAGUUUUGAUUUCUAGAGUAAGGCAUUAUUCCUAACUUGCAGUUUAAGGUUCAGGCAUGCGUUCUGGCUCAUAGUGAUCAGAAGUAAUUUUAAUUAGUGGGAAAGUAGCAUGCUUGCAUCACAUAGAGUGAAAUUGGUAUACAUUUACCUAUGUUGCGCCAGUUUUGUGUUGCAGUUUACCAAUUCAAUAUAGCCCUGCAUUUAAAAUUCCUUUUUAAGAUUCAGUGGAAUUUAUUUUUGUUAAGAAUAUAGAUAUAAAGUACUGUAGUUAACAAUUAGGCCUUGAAAUACCUUUUUAGGAUCUGUUAAGAUUAAGAUUGAUAUUGUAUUGUGUGUAACCUGCACAAUGUGGAAAGCUGAUAUAGCUGUGCAAAAUAUUUGCCUCUGUGCUGUCAGUGUGAUGUGCUUUCUGCAUGGUUAUAUACUAGUGAUUUUAUCAGAAUCUCUAAAAUGAAUUACAUGGUAAGACCCGUUAAAGGCUGCAUAAGUGUUAGUUGGCACGUAAAGACAAUUGUAGAAGUUGAUGACAAGAUUGCUAUAUUUGUGUUUAUUUCCACUCAACAUAUUAUCUUCUAUGCUUUCUUUUUGUUCAAAGCAUGAUCUUAAGAGAUGUUUAAGUUAAUGGAUGUAAUGCAGGGUAUCUACACUGUAUCGGCGCAUGUUGGUGGCCCUUUGUGAUGUAGUUAAAUGCACAAGGGUGCAAGUUUAAAGCUACAGAGUGAAAGUUGGUUUUGAUCCUCUUCAUUUCAUUUGUUUAGCUUUUCUGUUGUGUUUUUUUUUCCUCUACUUACAUGUAUUCCUGUGAAUAAAUCCUUGUUAAGUUAACGCUUUA